GGGUUCUUGUCCGCUAUGGCAGCAGAGGCGAUAGUGAUCGACGCCGGCUCCAGGCUGCUCAAGGCCGGCUUCGCGAUCCCCGAGCAAGAUCCUCAGCUGGUGAUGCAAACGGCAAUGACCAAGGCGGACGAGGGCGACAUCGACAAGAUCGACUUGAAUGGAGACGAUUGGAAGGAGAAUGCCGUGAAUCCCAUCGAGAGAGGAGCUAUCCAUGACUGGGAAGCCAUGGAAGACCUGUGGAGGUAUGUUUUCUACACAGGCCUGGGCUGGGAGGUUGGAAACGAGGGCCAAAUUUUAAUUGCCGACUCACUGCUCACACGAAAGAUUGCAAGGGAGAAGACCGUCCAACUUAUGUUUGAAACUUUCAAUGUGAAUGGCUUCUAUGCCGUGGAGCAACCAGUGCUGUCCGUGUAUGCUGUGGGACGCAUCUCUGGCUGUGCAGUGGACGUCGGACAUGGGAAAAUAGAUAUUGCGCCCGUGUGGGAGGGUGGAAUCCAGCACAACGCCGUCAAGCGGUUCGAGUACGCUGGACAGGACUUGACAGAGCUCCUCGGGGCUAAGCUGGCCAAGUCCAAUCCUCACACGAAGCUGGAUGGUUUUGCGCUGGAGCAGAUCAAAGAAGCAGUAGCAGUGAGUCUGGACGAUUCUGUGGAUUACGAGAAGAAGGUGGCUGAUGGAUCUGUCAUAGAACACACGCUACCUGACGGUCGGGUAAUUUCUGUUGGAAGUGAAAGAUACACACUUGGUGAGGUGCUCUAUCAGCCAUCACUUGUGGAAAUCCAGGAAUAUGGGAUCACAGAGCAGCUUGUGAGAAGCCUUUCCCUCUGCUCUCCCGCCGAAUGCCAGAAGCCUUUGAUCGAGAACAUUGUGCUGUGUGGAGGCACUUCAACGAUGAAAGGUUUUGAAGCUCGCUUUCAGAAGGAGGUGUCUCUUCACGGAACUCCCUCCUUGCGGCCCUCCGUAGUGAAGCCUCCGGAGUACAUGCCAGAGCGCACGCUGCAAUACUCGGCAUGGAUUGGCGGCGCCAUCCUCGCCAAGGUGGUGUUCCCUCAAAACCAGCAUCUCACCAAGGGAGACUACGAUGAGUAUGGGCCAAACAUCGUCCACCGAAAGUGUUACUAACAGAUUGCUCACUAAUUAAAAAAGGCUCGAGUUCCGGGAA